CUCAAGUCGGCGGUUUUUUCUGUAAUGUAAAGUGAUAAACUCGUUUUAGUGUCUCUCUGCAAAGCAUUGGAACAUGAUAGAGUUCCCGCUGGGAUAUCGUGAAGUCGUGCCGGAUCAAGCUCUGCCAGAGAAAUGGAAAGAGAUCACUCUGAACACAGGCGGAAGCCAAAGUACAUUGCAAGAUAUAAAAGUACCAGAGAGAGCAGGUGGCUACUCAUACAAAGAUUCUUCAAAGUAUUUCACUCGUAAUCGCUUUAUUUAUUGGCGCAUUUGCCAUGAUGUACUUGAAUUAGUGGAACAUAGUUUGGACAUUAAUCUUGCCAACUGUCGAGUGAGAUACAAAUUUACAGACACUCCAAUUCUAGAUGGAAUUUCUAUUCAUGAGACAAUCAAUUCUGUCAUUAUCUUGAUUGUCACUGUUUCCAGUGUCCACAAGCUUUUCUUUUCUCACCCGGAUAAAAUUCAUAAUCAAGAAAAUCUAUUGGGAACAUAUACUGAUCUCAGUGUACAAUCUAUAUUUAGCGAAGCUUCUGUACAAAAUGCUAGAGAUCCUCAUACAUUUCAUAUUAUUUCUAACGCUGGAGCCACAAACUCCCCAGUGCCUCAUGCAGCAGCGUCAUGGCUUACGUUGCCACAGGAAGAGGCACUGUUUGCCCUUGCAUACAGUUCAGCCACUAUAUUACUCUUGAGACUCGAUGCACUUACAGGUCUCGUGCACACCAGUGAACUGAAACAAGAUUCGAUAAUGCCCAAAUUUUUAAGUGGCAUAGCCACUGCCUUUAGAGGUCGUAAUACCGAAGCUUACGUGGCUAUGUCUCUUGUUAUACAUAGUUACGAUAGCGAUACAUAUCUAUUUGCAUUAUGUCGAGAGGGCAAUCUACGUGUAUGGUCUUGCAACAAGACACAAUGCGUAGCUGUAACAGAUGCAGCUACUGAGAAUCGUGUUGUAUCUCAAGGUGCACAAGGUCACGUCUUACGGAAAGUGCUGGGCAACGAUGACGAAUUGUAUCUUGGAACUUUCUUAAAAUUUGGCACGGGAUGUGAAUUCAGCAUUCUGAAGCCUGUGCAGGACAACGGCAUGUUCAAAUUUAUUAGAUUAUGUACAUUAUAUGCUCCAGACCAACAUUUGGUAGAUUUUGCAUUUACGCCAACUAGAUUGUGGGCAGUGUGGAGAACUGCGGACAUGGAUGCGAUGGCAGUGACGCAUGCACAAUUACCGUUAACGCAUCGCAUUAAACCAGAAUGGGAAACUGCAAUUUUAGAACCAGCGCGUGACAGUGAUUAUAUUGCAACUGAUGAACCUGGACUAGAUCCAAGAGAGGCAUACAUUAAUUACAUUUUUCAUCCUGGAAUGUUUUCGUUGGCAGACAUCACGAAAGCUCUCAGCAUCUACAGGAGAUCCAAUGUUGUAGCAGAUAUGACUUUUUCACCAGCCGUUUUAAAAGAAAGAGUAUGUAUGGCUGUAGAGGCUGAAAUGCAGGCAGAAGUGAUGGAUUACGUGAUUAUGGAUGAAGAUUAUCUCGAAAUCGCUAAUCGAUGUUGGUCGAAAUUCUAUUCAUGCGUCGUCCAAUAUCACGCCAAUGGUACUCGUCCUGUAGGUCUACUUCUAUUACCGAGCGUUUACGGCGUUGUGUUAUUGAAGAAGUCCUCGUUCUCAUUUUUGAGACCUAUGGAAGCUUUAGAACAUCUGGUGCUUUGCAACAAUAAAUCCUAUAUUUCUCGAUUCAAGACAACGCCCAUUCUAUCGCAAGAUGAAGACACAUGUCAAGAUCUAAUUACAUUAAUGUCCGCGUUAGUCUUGUUAGGAGAACAGUUAUCUGAAGAAACUAAAACGGAAAUCGAGAGAGAAUUGUAUCAUUUAAGAAGUCCAGAUAUCAUAAUUGAUGAUUUGCUAUCAAAACUGUUAGAACCUGACGAUCCACUGUCGGAUUUUGACUUCCAAUCAGAACUCUGUCAUAAACUGAGUCAUGUUAAAGAUAUAUCAGGAGCUAUGGCCAUGUUGUUGGAAGCUUUAACAUAUGAUCUUGGGCAGCCAAAUAAAUUGCAAUUUGAAGAUGACCAUGAUACUUCGAAACUUUUGUUAAAUGUCAAUCAUUUAUUUGGCAGUCAGCUAGGAAUUGCCACGAUAGCGGAAACCAUAACACAAAUAGCGCUUCUGAGAUUUUCCAUUUGCAGGGAUUUAUUGAUACUGCAACAACUCAUACUACUUCGUCCUGAGAUAUUUAAUUCGAGAUCUUUACAUACUAUAAGAUCAUCGUUAGCACCGAGAACCGUUGUACUUACUCAAGCUUACUAUGUCGUUACAUGGCUAUGCGAAUCGACAGCAUUGUACACACCUUCACAAUCAUUACUCGAAUCCAGUUCUCAACGUCUUUCAACUCUUAAACUCGCUGAUUCGCGAAUUAAUGUUGGACAGAGGCAACAUCGAUCUCUCUCACUAUUAGAAUUGUUUAUUCAUAGCAGCGGUGCAAAACACGCUCAUAUUUUGAUGGCUCAAGCGAACAUGGACCCAACAACUCUGAUACCUUGGCACUACAGUAUGCUAACGCAUGUGACGCUUAUCGCGCAACUUAUAUGGCCGAUAUCUGGAAAUUUUAUCUUCCCUGAAUGGCUACUCUCCAGUUGCCAAUUCCUGCUUGUUCAAGAAUAUGUGAGACUUCUGAAUACAUGGUGCGAGUGGAAUAGCGCUUCGAGGAAAUUUAUAUUAGCAGUUGCCUUAUUAGAAAUGGGAGAGAUGCAAAAGGCAUGCGAUCAUUUUCUUCGUGCUUCCGACGGGAUAUUGACUGAUCCGUUUUUAGUAGAUGCCUUACUCAAUUCUAACGUGACAUCGAGAAAUAGGGAUUUGGUUUAUUAUUAUCUGAAAGUUAUCAAAUUAUUUGAGGAGCACAAUGCGUCCGACUGUAUCAUAGAAAUCGCUGAAACGGCCAUAACAAAUGCGGAUGCAGAUGAUCCGAAUUUGCCGACACUUCAUUCCAUAAUAUUCGCACAACAUUUAAGUUUAGGUCAUCACGCGGAAGCUUAUCAUUGCUUGAACGCGAAUCCAGAUCCUGUACGCAGAGUGGACUGCUUACGGCAAUUAGUUGUUACGUUGUUCGAAAAAAAAUUGUUGAUAGAUUUAAUUUCUUUUCCUUAUAUCGAUAUGUAUGAGGAUCUCGAGAGAAUAGUAGAAGGCAGAGCCAGAAGCGUUGAUCUUAUGGAAAACAAUUAUUAUAAUUUUUUAUAUAGUUUCCAUAUCAAUAAGCAAAACAUGCGGAAAGCCGCAUCUAUAAUGUACGAACAAGCUAUGCGUUUGAGUCAAGAACCUCACUCUGCACCAAUUAUAGCGAAGCAAGCACAAUGUCUACUAGCGUGCAUUAAUGCUUUACAUCAUGUAAGUGAAAAGUACAGGUGGAUCGUAAGGCCUGUAAUUGAUCAGAAUAUCUCUAGCGAAAUGAACUCGUCGAAUCUACAAAAGAAAAGAGAUAUUGAUGGUAAAGAGGUUUUGCAUUAUAAGAUAAAAAAACAAGUCGAAGUACUCGAACUGGAUGAUAUCAAAAAGGAGUAUUAUAUAGUAGAUGCAAGAUUAAAAAUAUCGAAAAUAAAUUCAGAAUUGCAUAUAGUUGCACAUACUGAACUUUCCGAACUUAUCGUCACUUUAUGUAGCAUUGGCUUAUACGCAACAGCGUUACAUUUAUGCGAUGUAUUUAAAAUUAGUAAAGCCUCUGUACUCAAAAGUUUGACUUCUCAAUGCAUCAAAUUGAGUCAACGCGAGGAUCCAAACGCCUGGGAUUGGCUAAUACAAAAUGAUAUAUUCGAUAUUGGAAUAUCUAAUACAACCAUUACAAAUACUGCUUGGAGAUUGUUAGAGUACUUCACAUUGAAGCACGAAAAAAGUGAUAAUUGCGAAUUACAUAAGGCCGUUGCACAAAAAUUAUUGCAAGAUGGAGUUUUUCUACCACAAUGGUUAUUAAUAUCUUAUAAAAAGCGAAAUGCGUCAGAGCUUCUCCGUCUCAUGCUAAAUACUGGUCGAUUAGUGGAAGCCAGCGACUUAGCGAUAGAUUACAUUAACGCGGUAUUAGGUAGCGGUAAAGAACAUUUUGGUCUUGAAACACCAUUAGUAGCUACCGCGCCACCUGUUUGGUUACCGCUUAAUACUAUAGAAGUAUUAUUAAGUGAAUUACGGCACUUGAAAGAUGACUCAGCUCAUGCAGAGGUAAAGUAUAUAUAUUUUUAA